ACGAAUCUCAGCUAGAUGGUUUCUUUAUCUUCCUUCCAGAAAAGACGACGACGCAUAGACCGAAGCAUGAUCGGGGAGCCAACAAACUUUGUUCACACAGCUCACGUUGGAUCAGGAGACCUAUUCAGUGGAAUGAAUUCGGUGAGCUCAAUUCAGAAUCAAAUGCAAUCCAAGGGAGGCUAUGGAGGUGGCUUGUCUGCAAAUGUUCAGAUGCAACUUGUAGAUACAAAAGCAGGAUAACCUUGGGGAUAUCUUUCUAGUUUCUGUGAGUUCCUACAUCUUCUCUCCUGUGUCCUCUCUUUUGCCUUGGUGACUGCUUUCUGUGUUCAUGAAAAGAGAGAAGUAAUGGCUUAUUGUUCACCCUUUGUGAUCACUCCAGUGAAAAGUUGCUGCUCUGCUCUGAUGAUGCCAUUUUUCAGAUUGGUCCAACUGUGCCUUUCAAUGGCAUGCACACUUUGGCCUCUACCAGUACCAUGGACUUGGAGCUUUUUAGGGUUGUUUUUAGGUUGUUGUUUGUUUUAAGGCAAAUCAAAGCACCAGCCUUAGUUUCCAUCACCCCUCACAAAUACUAAUGCACAGCAUCAUGUUGCUUUUUAUUCUUUAAAUCUUUUUCUCCACUCACGUAAUUUAGAAAUGAUUGAUUUCCAGUAAUGUUUUUAAUCACUCAUUGUUCAUAUCAAUUUUUGAAAGGUCUGGGACCUGCAAGCACAAGUGAUUAUUUCUUACAAAAUCAGCAGAGUAGAUGACUGCAUGCUUUGUGAGGUUGCUUUGUAUGGUGGCCUGUUUGGUGCCAGAAAAAAAAACUGUGUAUUGCAGACUGAUGAUACUGUUGCUGGUGAAAAAUUACGCUGUGUCACAAGUCAUGCCUGUUUCUGAAAAAGGACUUGUAACUUAGCUGCUUCAGAAUUAUGUCUUUUAGUUUUUAUCCAAUGGGUCUUGAAAUAAUAAAGAGAAAGCUUGCAUUCAUAAGGCAUUUGUUGUAAAUGUUCGGUAAACCAGUGUAGUACUGUAUCUAAGUGUGGUGGAAGCGCUUUAGACUAUUUAGAAAGCAUCAUGUUUGACUGCUUCUUUUUCUUUUUACAUUUUUUCUUAAUUUUAGGCUGAAUGGUCAUUUCCAGUGGCAGCAUGUCAGACUGCCUGCAGUAUUAGCUAAAACGUUUAGUAGACCUCUCCCUCUAAGUAGUUGGCUGUUUCUGUGUACUAAAUAUUUAGGGGCCAUGGAAGUUGCUAAGAGCAACAUACUAAUCUGGCAGAACAGAUGCCAGUGAAAACAACAUACAGGGUGACUUUUUACUAAGUCAGUAAAAAGCCUUUUGCUCAGGUUCCAAAGCAUGUUUCUUUCACAUGUUGUGAAACUUGUAUUUUAAUAUUGCACUGUUUUCUGAUUAUCUCUGUAAAUGGUUUGUUUUCCUUCUUGCUGAUAGUUUGGAAAAAGUCAGUGAUGCUAGUCCUGCUUGAGUUAUUUUUUUAUGUGGAAAAAAUCAUUCCAAGAAGGCGGAAGUGAGCCUAGUCAGAUCCAUUUUUGUGCAUAAGCAUGCACGUGCUUAUAAAUACAGACUGCUGUCAUAAGUGAUUCUCUACUCUUUUUCCAUGUUUUCCCUGAUUUCACAUUGCAACAACUGUUAGACUAAUUCAAAAAUAUAUGAACCUACCUACUCUUCUCUCAGUUCACAAACACCACACCAAAUGCACGGUGGAGGUAGUUUGUUUCCCCUCAGUAGUAUUUCUGUGGUAGAUAUCAGUUAUCUGGUUGAAUAGCUCCAGUUAGGCUGCUUAGUCUUCAUUGAUGAAGGUACUGACUCAUGAUGACAGAAGAUCAAGACGUUCAGUUCUCAUGGCAAUGAAGUGAUUUUUUUUAGGAAUCAGCAUUUCCAGUGCCAUGUAAAUCAAUGAGUCUUAAAUACACAAUGAUUAGAAAAUGAUUUGAACUUUGACAUCGUUAACAGCAGCUUAAAUUUGCUUGCCAAAAUGAUCUUGCACUUGUCAAAAUGUUUUCAGUUUACCAGAAAAAAAAAUUAACAUAUUUUUAUAACAGACAUACUUUUUUUUGUACAUCACAUUCAUUCUUGAAAAAAGUCAGUUCAGUAUUGGCUUGUAGAUAUUAAGAGGAAAAUACUGACAUUGAUUCAAUAAAUGUUUCCUUUCAGUUGGUGGCCUACCUUUUUCUUUUUUUGUAAGUUACAUUUACAUUAGAAAACAACUGCAGCUUACAAAUUUGUGGUAAAAAUUCUCAGGAUAAAUUCUUAGUAUGGGUAAUAGGUGAUUGGUAAGGCUCUUUGUGUUUUUUUAUCAUAUAUCUUGACCGUUUUGUUGUCAAGUGGAUUAAUCCAUUAUUUGAUUAGUAGUUUUUCCUUUUAACAGCAGAAGUGAUGUGUAUGUUUCUUUAUCAAUUGUUAUGCAGAAUACUUUACAGUGGAGAUCAUAGACUAAUUAUACACGUGAUUACAGUAAUAUCCAAAUCUGCAUUAAAUAUCCCUGUAAGGCACA